AAUCUACACCCUUAAUUAACUGCAAAUGAGGGCUAAUGGCUUUAAAACCCUGGUUGCAUGGGGUGGGGUGUGAGAUAUAUUGGGGCUGUUACUAAAUUAGGGUAGAAUUGCAUCUUUAUUUUGGGAGGAAAUUUGCUGGAACUUUAAAAAUGGCAGGAAAUCACUUUUUCUGUGCAUUUUAAUCCAUAGGUUUUCUGUUAUGAGACGACAUAAGCAGCUUCGCCUAACAGCCUGCGAAUGUGAAGCUCUGAACCAGAGCCUGGAAGGGGCCUCAUCCUUGACGCAGCCUUUGGGUCGGAGACAAGGGAGCCAAGACGUCCACAGAGGUCUAUACCCAAUUUACCGGACGAAAAAGCACCCCCGAGUCUCCGUCAGAGGAGUGGGCCACCAAAGCAGCAUCACCGACUACUUCAGAAGCAAACCCCAACUGCCUAGAUGUGCAGCUGUCACGGCAAAAGACAAUGAGUGCAAACGGGAGGUAGACUUCCCGGAAUCCUUUUUCGCUCACGAUGACUUCUUAGACCCGGAGGACUCCUGCUCUGUAGUCGGGGACAGCGGGGACCCAGCCCUGAUGGCUUCCAGGAAACGGCCACAUUUCCCUGAGAGCCCCAACAACCUCGGGACGGGCAGUGACCAGUGGGACCAGGAUAAAAAACCACCACUGGGGCAGCAAUCUGAGCAGCUCUGGGUUGACGGAAGCCUCAAGCCGGAUGCCAACGACUUGGACAUUGAUCCUCUGCCAGAUGCGUGUUUUGGGCUCCUGGGGACCCCGUGUUGGGAUGUUCCCCGGGGAAACAUAGAGCAGCUGCCCGACGAAGUUCUCCGCGAGAUCUUUGCCCUCGUGCCCGCGGCCCAUCUCUUCCAGAGCCUCACCUUGGUGUCUCAACGCUGGCACCGGAUCAUCUCUGACCUGCAGUUUGUUCCUUGGAAAAAACUGUACUACAAGUACCUGAAGUCUGAGGCCGAGGCCCAGCUGAUUGUGAAGGCAAUCCUGCAACGAUACGACCUGACCCCAAAUCAGAGCCACUUUCCGCUGGGGUUUUUACGAUGUGUUGCUUCUGCGAAGAGCCGUUGCUGCUGGGACCCCAGAGCGAUCCGCCAGUGCUUGACAAACCACUCUCUGUUUCCCAAGGCCGAAGCCUGCCUUGCCAGCUGGCUGCCUGAGCUGUCGAGCCCCAAUGCGGGACCUCCGUACAUUUGGGCCAUAUUCGCUACCAUUGUGCUGAUCUCUGGAGGUGUCUCUGACGUCCAGGAGCUGGUGGCUUCUGUUAGGAGACCCAGCUCCAGCCUCUCGCUAGUGGACGUCAUGGAAAUUCUGUACUGCAUGGCCACUGUGCUGUUUGCCAUGCGGGAUAAAAAGAUUCACAUCAGCAACAGGUUUCACUACAGCAUUUUCUACUGCCUCUAUCUCCUGGAGAAUUCGAACAACGGCACCACAUUCGUCGAGCCGGAAUGGGGCAGCUCCGGAUACGAAAGAGGCCCUCAGUGCAGCAACCCUGAUACACGACUCACUUGUGAACAGCAGAAUAUCUUAAAUCACGCAAUUGCACCAGGGGAGGUUAUGAAAAUCAUCGCUUUUGCAGGGACAGGGAAGACGUCCACCCUGAUCAGGUACGCUGAGAAAUGGUCCAAGCUCAGAUUCCUGUACCUGGCAUUCAACAGGACCAUUGCGGAUCAGGCAGCGCAGAGGUUCCCCCCAAACGUGACAUGCAAAACGGUCCACUCCUUGGCCUUCAAGGAAGUCGGGAAAAACUACAAGAAGAAGCUCAACGCUGGCUCGCUGAGCUCCUAUUGUGUCAGCUUCGUCCUCCGCAACCGCGAGGGCCAGUCGUUGUACACCAGAGCCAAGACCGUCAUUGAGACCCUCUCGGCAUUCUUUGCCUCUGCCGACGAAUCCAUCUCUAUGGAACACACGCCCAUCUGGUGCAAGAACAACCAGGGGCAGCUCGUUCUUGUCCAGGAAGCAGAAAAGCGAAUCAUUGUCAACGAAGCAAACCAAAUAUGGGAAAAUAUGAAAAAGCUGGGGCCCGUCAGGGAGAUGGCUUAUAAGAUGACUCAUGACGGGUACUUGAAACUCUGGCAGCUCCAAAAGCCUUCUCUUUCUCACUACGAUGCAAUCUUCGUCGAUGAGGCCCAAGACUGCACCCCCGCUAUCAUGGAUAUUGUCCUCUCCCAGUCGUGUGGCGCCAUCUUGGUAGGAGAUCCUCACCAGCAGAUCUACUCCUUCCGCGGCGCGGUCAAUGCGCUGGCCGAAGUGUCUCACACCCACAUGUUCUACCUCACAAAGAGUUUCCGGUUUGGUUCCGAAAUAGCUUACGUCGCCGCUACUCUCCUGGACGUCCUCAAGAAAGUUCGAAAGCAGACAUUGGUUGGCGGCAGCCAGGAAGGUAAUAUCACCGGCGCUGAUGUGACGGGGAAAGUAACUCGCUUGUCUCGGUGCAACCAAACCGUCUUCGAGGAUGCUGUGAAACUUACGAAUGGAGAACCACCAGAUAAAAUACACAUCCUUGGGGGGCUUAAAGCCUUUGGCCUUGAGAAGAUCCAUGACAUAUGGAAGCUCCUCCACCCCGAAUUGAAACUGGAGGUGACGGACCACUUUAUCAGAAAGUGGGUCGAUAAGGGCUUUGCAGGCCUCAAGGACUACGCAGCAAAGUCCGAAGAUAAGCAGCUGGAGAUGAAGAUUGCCAUUGUGGAGAAAUACAAAGACCGCAUCCCAGAGCUGGUGGAAAGAAUAGAACAGUGCCAUGUGCCCAUUCCGGAGAUCGCAGAUCAUGUCUUGGGGACCGUCCAUAAGGCCAAAGGCUUGGAAUUCGACACCAUCCAAGUGGCCGACGACUUCACAAGCAGCAUCAGCAUGACUGUCAUGCAGCAAGCCUUCGAGAGGAUACCCAUUUUACGCACCAAUGCAACCUCCGAGGACGAAUGGAACUUGCUGUACGUGGCUGUCACCCGCGCCAAGAGGUGCCUCAUCGUUCCGAAGUUACUGACCCAGAUUUUGACAUUGGCCGGGGAGCACUUUUUUGAGCCCGUAUUAACGAGUGAAGUGUGCAAGGAGGCAGAAAUUCGGUGUUCUGGGCAGGGCUGCCACAAUGUCAUUUCCAAAGACACUGUCCUAACCAUGAAGAAAAUGCCUUUUGUUUACAGCGACGGAACCAAAGAGCCCGACGGCUACCUCUGCGACACUUGUGUGCAGCAGCGCCUGGCCCUGACAUGGCCGACCAUCGGCUUUCGUGUGGCCCAAGCCACGGACGGCGACGGCGAAAUUUCCGAGGUCCCGGAGACCAUCAACAUCCUCUUUGAACGUUUUUGAAGGGGGAGAGAGGCCUCGCCGGGGAUCGCACUCCGUCGGGAGACAGCGGAUAAGAAAGCAGUUUUUUAUUAGGACAGGUUGAGCUGUCCUGCUCCUAGGAAAACUGGGUU